AUGAUGAACUACAGCCACACUGGGACAUCUCAAAAUUUAUACUUCUGUUAUGAAUCCUCUAACAAGUCUUGUCCACAGCAUGUUUAUUCAUUGCCAGUACGAGUUCCUCUCUACAUUUUUUUUGCAGCUGCCAUUCUUAUCACGGUCUUUGGAAAUCUUCUCGUCAUCAUUGCAAUAGCUCAUUUCAAACAGCUCCACACUCCGACUAACUACCUCGUCCUCUCCCUGGCCAUCACUGACUUCCUUCUUGGAGCCAUCAUCAUGCCACCUAGCAUGGUUCGUUCACUAGAGAACUGCUGGUAUCUGGGUAGCCUGUUCUGUAAAAUCCACAAUAGCACAGAUAUAACGUUAUGUACAGCAUCCAUUUUAAACCUUUCCUUCAUAUCUAUUGAUCGAUAUUAUGCUGUCUGUCACCCCCUACAGUAUCAGACAAAAAUCACAAACUGUGUCACAGUGGCCAUGAUCCUGACCUGCUGGAGUGUCUCUGCUCUCAUUGGGUUUGGGAUAAUAUUCCUAGAGCUGAAUAUCUGGGGGAUUGAGGACUUUUAUUUUGAUAACAUUGAUUGUGUUGGAGGCUGCACUCUGUUCCAAAGUUUUGCAUCAAGUUUCACAUCCUCCACUCUUUCAUUUUACAUUCCUGGAUUUAUUAUGCUUGGAAUAUACCAGAAAAUCUUCCUCAUAGCAAAGAGACAGGCUCUGUCUAUACACACCUCAGGCUGUUACAAUGGAAACUCAGAAAGAAUCAAAACAUCUCAGACGAAGAUGGAACGGAAGUCCACCAAGACCCUCGCAAUUGUUAUGGGUGUUUUUCUGUCAUGCUGGACCCCCUUCUUUCUGUGCAAUAUCAUUGAUCCAGUCAUCGGCUAUUCCAUUCCACCAGUACUAUUUGAUGCACUGGUUUGGAUUGGUUAUUUAAAUUCAACAUUUAAUCCAAUGGUGUAUGCAUUUUUUUACAGUUGGUUCAGGAAGGCCUUCAUGACAAUAAUAUUUAGCAAAAUAUAUAAAUCUGAUUCCUCAAGAAUGAAUUUAUUUAAACACUAG